AUGCUGAGCUUACUAGAGUUUGCUCAUUUAACAUAUUCGAAGGAAAGAUUAGUAGAUUUUUUAAUUCAACACGGUAUUUUAGCAUGUACAAUUACGUGUAGUAAAUGUGGUAAUAAUGUUAAUAUUGAUAAAGAAACAUUAUCGUAUCGAUGUAGAAAACAAUACUUUGUAAAGAAUGUACACAAGAAACAUGUCCGUGAACAGUGCCAAUUCUAUAAAAGUGCAAAAUGUGGUACUUGGUUCGACAAAACUAAUCUUGACGUGGGCAUCGUUUGUAAAAUCGUUGCAUGUUUUUUAAUGCUACGAUAUCCACGUCAAGAUGACACGCAGGAUGAAACUGGUGUAUCAUCACCGAAUACGAUUGUCGACUGGUUCAGUUUUUGCCGAGAGGUAAUUAUUUUAAUAUUAAUAUUUCCGAUAAUAUACAAGGAUGACACGCAGGAUGAAAAUGGUGUAUCAUCACCGAACACGAUUGUUGACUGGUUCAGUUUUUGCCGAGAGGUCUGUGUGUUCUGGGCUGAUAAGCAUAGUCAAAAGUUUGGUGGUUCAGGACGCACAGUCGAAAUCGAUGAAGCAAAAAUUGGCCGACGAAAAUACAAUCGUGGACGGCUGAUAAAAGGUCAGUGGAUUUUUGGAGAAUACGAGCGAGACUCAAAAAAGAUGUUCAUCGUUCCAGUAGAGGAUCGUACGGAAGAAACACUCCUGGCAUGUAUCAAGGAGUGGAUCUUGCCAGGAACAACAGUGAUAUCAGAUUGUUGGAAGUCUUAUAAUUGUUUGAACAAUGAAGGCUUCCAACAUCUGACAGUAAAUCACUCCUACAACUUUGUCAAUCCUCAAACAGGCUAA